GAAUUAAUUCGAUAUAUCGAUAUUAAAUGAAUAUCCCUAUUUCUAUCAUUCUUGUUGAAAAAUGACAAACAGACUGUGAAACAGACCACGGGAUUGAAAUUGAAUUGGCGAUGUGAAUUAUUAUUUUGUUGAAUUUUUGUGUGAACAGGCUAGUUAAUCAUAAAAAUUGUUAAGUUUAAAGAGUAAUGGCAGAAACGAGCGAAGCACAGGCGAGCGCUUCAGCGUCAGCCCCAGGCGGCGACGCGGGGGGCGAAGAUGACAAACAUGAUGAACGUAUGCUGGAAUGCAACAUUUGCUUGGACACGGCUCGAGAUGCUGUUGUCAGUAUGUGCGGACACCUUUUCUGCUGGCCAUGCCUGCAUCAGUGGUUGGAAACGCGGCCUAGCAGACAAGUUUGUCCGGUCUGCAAGGCUGCUAUCAGUAGGGAUAAAGUCAUCCCACUCUAUGGUAGAGGCAAUACCAAGCAAGAAGAUCCUAGAAAUAAGGUACCACCACGACCAGCAGGACAGCGUACAGAACCUGACAACAAUAGUGGGUUUCCUGGCUUCGGUUUUGGUGAAGGCUUCCAUAUGUCCUUUGGCAUUGGUGCAUUCCCUUUUGGUGUCUUCACUUCUACAUUUAACUUCGGUGAUCCCAGACCAAGCGCAGCGCCCCGCGGCACUGCACAGUAUGAGGAGGAGCAAUUCCUUUCGAAGAUAUUCCUGUGGGUGGCAAUAUUGUUUGUGCUGUGGCUGAUUUUCGCCUGACCCACCGACGGCGCGGAGGGGGGGCGCGUCUACACACUGAAAGCACCCUACGAUGCACAGCUGCUGCUACAAUAUGACCCAGGCUUCUAGACUCCGAACACAAGUGCGAAACGACGCAAAAACAUUCCCCGAUUCGGAGACAUCGCAAGACUACGCGCCGUUAACGCGUGACCGUUUACAAAAUUCUUGCGAUGCGUCGCAUAAUGUAUGAUUGUGAGACUUUAAAAACUAGUGCGGUCGAAAACACGCGCCUCUGAAAAAGUUUAGCUACAAGAUCAGAAGUGUGCUAGUGAAUGCCCGUGUAAAAUCAAAAAAGUUUGUUUUACUAUGUGUUGAUAUUGCUGGCAAUCACAAAAGGCUGAAUCGCUUGGGCAACUUCUAAGGAUAUUGUGAUGUCGGUAUUACGUUAUUUGAAUUAUCAUAUUAUGUCGUUCCAACCGAGAGAGGUGAGUACAUCAAAGUGUGCUUUACGUAAGCCUCUGUGCUAAUUAGAUUUGCUAUAUGUAUUAGGUAGCUUGUGCACGUGUGAGCAGCCUUCGUGGGCGCUUAAGCUAAUUUCUUCAUAAAUUUAAGGCGUUUAUUAGAAACUAAAUAUCAGCGCGUCCACGCCUGUAUGACUCGAAGCCUUGUUUAAAUCAUUGUUCUGCUUUUAAAAUUAAUAAGACUGUAAAUAUAAGAGGUUCAUAUUAUUUUUAGUGUUUCCUACCUCAAAAGGAAAAAACGAAGCCCUUAUAGGAUCACUUUGUUGUCCGUCAAGACCCUUUCCUCGGGGACCCUUGACAGUGUCGAGUUUAAAUGUAAACCUUACACAGAUUCAGAUCUCCGGUCUUUUGACGCUGUAAAAAUCGAACAUCUAAGUUGAAGUAAAAAAUAUGAUUAUACCUAUCUGUCUGUUGAGACCAUUUAUCUCGGGAACCAUAUACUCAAGUUUACGCCCACGGUACCUUGAAUCUGUGAAAAAUAAAAAAUGUGUGCGUGUACUACUGUACACACGUAAGAAGUGAAACUUCUUUAUGGCCUUAUUUUUUUCGAAAAAUGAUCUACAUGCAACUUUCCAGAAAUAUAUAUAUAGGCGUGCGCUAAGAUUUUUCAAAAACUCACCCACUAAAGGGGUAUAACUUCACCUUACCUUACCUUACUUUACCUUACCUUACCUUACCUUACCUUACCUUACCUUACCUUACCUUACCUUACCUUACCUUACCUUACCUUGUGUGAAACACGAAUAUUUGCUGUCGAUACUUUUUUUUUUAAAGUUGACAGAAGAAGCAAUUGUUCGGAUGAGGUAAAUAGUGCUCUUUUAAAAAAAAGAUGGCGCGUAACCAAAAAACGUGACACGUAACCGAAAAAAAUGUGACGGUAAAUUUUUUUCCAACGAAAGAUGGUAAUUUUUUUUCUUUUUUUCCAAAAAAGAAGUUUCACUUCAAAAAUUUUUCUUAAAAGGUACGGCGGUUUAUGUUGCGUACCUACAAAUUAGUACGGAACCCUCGGUUUGUAUGCCUGACUUGCACUUUCCUGGUUAUUUUUAAUUCACGACCGAUGAACCUUUAAGACCAAAAGGCAUUUCUUUUUUAAUUUUCACCCGUCCGUGUCUAUCGUAAAUUAGACUGAAGACCAAGAACAAUAAUCCUAUUUAUUAUUAUAAUUGUGAAAGUUUAUGUUUGUUACUCAAUCACGCAAAAACAACUAAACGGAUUUGGAUGAAAUUUGGUAGGUAUUGUGUUUAUGACUUGGAUUGAGACAUAAGACACCUUUCUUUCCAAGACAAAAGGCAGGUUCUCGUGGGUAUUGAGCAUCUUAGCACAUGUAAGGAUUCAUUUCGUAAUAAAACUUAAAUUUGUAUAGCAUUGAGAAUAGCCAGUUUAACUGCCACUUUGUAACUGCUGCGCAAAUAGAUGCAUUUUCACUGAGAAUGAUCUCGUCUAUGGGUGGUUCAUCCAAACCAACUCAAAACUUUGGUGUUAAUAUUAACUAGGUAACUUAUUUUUCUGACAGAAAGCUGAGAUUCAUCAAGCGACGUAGUCGUAGGCAUUUAUUGUGUACGGGAAGCGCCCGGGUGGUCUAGAAUAGCGAGAUCGCGUGUAUAUAAUUGUUUAAUUUUACAAAUCACAUGGUGAAAAGAUAUUUUGUGAAAUGUAUGCUGUUUAAAAUAAAUAUUCUUGGCCAUCAUAAGUCAACAAUGCCAAAAACAAGAAUGGGAUUCUAUAUGGAUAUUAUAGCUGUAGAGCUUCCCUCUGCUGAAGAAAGCUGGAAAUGUUGCUGGAAAUUUGACAGCUUCUUAAAGUAUCGCAUCGUCAGUUUCUAUGGAAACUAUGCAGCGCCCCUAUCGGACGUAAGAGCAAAUUAGCUUUUUCCAUACUUUUGACGAUUUACUUAUACUUUACGGAGCUGUCAAAUACUCGUGCUUGGGCCUCUGAAGAAGAUAAGUGCAGCUACGAUUAAAGGAAACGUUUAGCUGUGGAGAGUCGAGCUCAAUCUUUCCUACGUCUCCAGAGUAUCAUGCUGGACAAAUAUUGGCAGAAUAAGCAAAAAUCAUUAUUGAUUCAUCAUCAUUAUACAGGGUGUAAAAAACCUAUAACGAAGUCGAAAGCCACGUAUUUCCCACAUCAUGACGAUAAUUUUUUUCUUCUUUACCAUAUCUGGGAAAUUUACAGAAUGCGUAGUUUAAGUCUUUUCGUUAAGAAUCGAUUUGCAUAUGCAUACCGGGCCAUAAGGGGCCCGGUAUGAGAAAAAUGUGAGGAGUAAAAUCUAUCGAUGAAUGGACCUCGUUACGUUUUUUACACCCAAGAUAUAUUUGUAAAUAUUUUGAACAUGAUUUUUAUGAAAAUACGUAUAGUUUCCACUUAAAUGUACCGUCUCUAAUCUGUUGCAUUAACAUAAAAUAGUAAAAUAUUACAUACAUGCAAACGCGUGGUGCCAUAAAAACUGAUUAUUUGAAAAAAUUACCCAGUAAAUAGCAGCCAGGCUACACAAAAAAUUAAUCUAUUCCAGAUGAAGAAAUCAUAAAUUAAGCAAUGUUUUUUAGAUGUUGCAUACAAAUGUCGCCAUUUUAGACCACUGAAUUACACCGUCAAUAAUAUAAUUAUCAGAUGAAAAUUUCAGAUACUUAUUUCAUAACAUGUUCCUUGGCUUGUAUAUGAGAAACUGUGUUUUUUUUGCUUUGCGUCUUUUGCUAUUCCUGUAGCUGUGUUUUGGACAAGAUAAGAACAACAUUAUAUGGCAUAUACCAAAAUGGACUCAAUUGACGAUCCCUUAUUACAGAUAGCGGCACGUUACUCUAGCGCUGAACAAAACGCUGAGGGGAUAGCUGCGUAUACGUACGACUGAAGAGCCAAUCGGCGCACCUCGUUUCCCCCUCAAGACAUCUUAAUUUUUACUUCUGCGCAAUAACGGUCAGCGCUAGAGUUUCGUGCCGCGACCAACGAUAUUAAAUACCCUAGAUACACCAACACGAACAAAAUCGUGCCCGAAACCUAUCCAAAAGGUACAUUGAACGAUCCACGGAGCUCCGCAAGAUGGUCGCGUAGUCAAAAUCUAUAUAAGGCAUUAUUUAAAUAUUGAAAGUAACCUUUAAUACAUACUGUAUAAGGUCUUUAAUAAAACGCAUGCUUCAAUGACUUUUGACAGUUCGAAAUGCAAGCUCGUAAAAUUUUAAGACUUAUUGCUAUAUGCGGAAAAAUUUAGACCUUAGUUCUUUGACUCUACGCGCAUUCUGAACGCGCUGUUAGCAAUAUAGCAGGCACGGACCGCGAGGAAAAGA